UAACGUCGACCACACCCCUAGGAAGACGCCGGCUUUGAUUGGGUGUUCUAAACUAACUAACACACGCUCCAGCUCUCCUCGCUACACAAGCUCGAGCUUCGUCUCCGUACAGCAGUCAGUCACAGCAUUGAUAUUGCGCAAUAAUCCGGCAGCAUGUCCAAAGGCACGGUGGUUCUGGCGUACAGCGGUGGACUGGACACUUCCUGCAUCCUCGUCUGGCUCAAGGAGGAAGGAUACGACGUCAUCACAUACUUGGCUGAUAUCGGACAGGAGGAGGACUUUGUGGCUGCGCGCAAGAAGGCUGAGUCCCUGGGAGCCACGAAGGUGUUCAUAGAGGACCUGCGGGCAGAGUUUGUGGAGGAGUUCAUCUGGCCGUCAGUCCAGGCAAGCGCCAUCUACGAGGACCGCUACCUGCUGGGCACCUCCGUAGCACGGCCCUGCAUUGCCCGCCGCCAGGUGCAGAUUGCCCGCCGCGAGGGGGCCCAGUACGUCUCCCAUGGGGCCACGGGAAAGGGUAACGACCAGAUCCGGUUUGAACUCACCUGCUAUGCCCUGUACCCCGAGGUCAAGAUCAUUGCUCCUUGGAGGAUUCCUGAGUUCUAUAAUCGUUUCCGUGGGAGAAAGGAUUUGAUGGAGUACGCUGAGAAACAUGGCAUCCCGGUGGCCGUCACUCCCAAGGCACCCUGGAGCAUGGACGCCAACCUCAUGCACAUCAGCUACGAGUCUGGAAUACUAGAAAAUCCCAAGAGCCACGCCCCGUCUGACCUGUACCUGAUGACCAAGAACCCUGAGGACGCUCCCAACAGCCCCGACAUGCUGGAGAUACACUUCAGAAGAGGAGUGCCCACCCAGGUGACGCACCUGAAGGAUGGCACUUCCAAGAGCACUCCGCUGGAGAUCUUCUCCUACCUCAACCAGAUCGGAGGGAAGCAUGGCGUGGGGAGGAUCGACAUCGUUGAGAACCGCUUCAUAGGCAUGAAGUCCAGAGGUAUCUAUGAGACACCCGGGGGCACCAUCCUGUACCAGGCUCACCUGGAUGUGGAGGCCUUCACCAUGGACCGUGAGGUGCGGAGGAUCAAGCAGAGCCUGGGCAUCAAGUUCUCAGAGAUGCUCUACAACGGGUUCUGGUUCAGUCCGGAGUGUGAGUUUGUGCGCUACUGCAUAGCGAAGUCCCAGGAGAGUGUGGAGGGCAGGGUGCAGCUGUCUGUGUUCAAGGGCCAGGUCUACAUCCUAGGACGCGAGUCUCCCAAGUCCCUGUACAAUGAGGAGCUGGUCAGCAUGGAUGUUCAGGGGGACUACGACCCGUGUGACGCUUCUGGCUUCAUCAAGAUCAACGCAGUCAGGCUGAGGGAGCACCAUCGUCUGCAGGGUGCUGCAGACUCCAAACCCCAAGACUGAUCACCAGUCCUGGACACUCCUUUCUCUCUCUCUCUCUCUCUCUCUCUCUCUCUCUCUCUCUCUCUCUCUCUCUCUCUCUCUCUCUCUCUCUCUCUCUCUCUCUCUCUACCCUCCUCCUCUAUCUACCCUCCUCCUCUCUCUCUCUCUACCCUCCUCCCCUCUCUCUCUCUCUACCCUCCUCUCUCUACCCUCCUCCCCUCUCUCUCUCUACCCUCCUCCCCUCUCUUUCUUUCUAUCCCUCUACAUUUUCCUUUCUACCUGUCCAUCUUUCUCACCUCUCUAUUCUUCCCUCUCUCUGUCCGUGUGUCCAGCUGGAGUUAGUGCCUACUGGUCUCUGUGUAACUCUUGCCUUAAAAGGAACUAGGUCAAUACUCUAAGUAGGAUGUGUUUUACGUCAGAAGAUCAAAAAGAGAUGUUUGUUACAAUAAAUAAAAGGUGUUGGAAUCAUG